CUUGCAUAGGGCAUCAUCGGUGCUGGCAGCCCCGAAGCCUCCUCUCCCCCCGCCCCGCAACACAGGCGGGGCCAAGAUUCCUGCGACACUUUGCUCUCCAGCCGGCGGUUGGGCGAGUAGCCCGUCCCUGUCUGCACCACGCACAAAGGGACAGCAUUGGUCUUGUGUCAGCAUGGAAGGCGCUGCCCCGGACAACAGCCUUCAGGGCUCAGCAUCCGGAGUGAAUGGGACCAGCAGCGGAAGGGCCACAUCCCCAGUCCACUCCCUUAGGCGAUCUCCGCCUCUGGCACAGGAACCUCCACGGCGUUCAACUUGGUUUGGUUUUAGUGGGAUUUGCUUUGGUUGGGGCUAAAGACGGGCACGGGGCCUCACACAUGCUAGGAGAAGCAGUCACCACCCACCCACUCGCCACUCCCAAUACAGGGUGAUUUGUUUCGAACGACAAAAGAUGUGUGACUGAAAGCUGGCGCGGUGGCGCACGCCUGUAAUUCAGCUCCUGGGAGGAUGAACAGGAGGAUGGCGAGUUCGAGACCACCGAGACCCUGUCUCAAAACAAGCAAACAACAUGUACGGCGAGAAACGCGCUGGCGUGACUAUGCUAGUCCUGAUAACGAAGCUUAUCCGGCAUAGGUUUACAAGGAAGGGCUGCUGACAGAAUGCACUCACAGCACAGGCAAAGUAGGAUCAGUCCCUCAGGAGCCCCCACUGCAGACUGCGGGACUGGGGGCGGGGGCAUGCACAAUUGUCCCCAUCCUCCGCCCCGCCUAGCGAGUUCUGCCUGAUCUCUGGCCUAAUUCCCUAGUGGCAGUCCAGAGCCGGCUGUGGAGAGGGAAGGGCAUCGCCCCACCCCGCCUGCAGUCCUCUGUCCCGCAGGCGCAGGGCCUUAGGGCCUCGGGUGCCGGCCCCCGCUCCGGGUGACCCUGGUAGCCAGCGUGGCAGGUGCAGCCCAGAGGCAGCGAGUGGGUGAGUCAGUCCCAGGCUGGGAAGAGUGACUGGGGACGGGAUGAGGGCACAAUGGGGUCCACCUUUAGCUUUGCAUGCAGCCCACAGAUCAGCAGGGGAGACGUAGCUCGCACCAGCAGAUUUCCCCCAAACCGCAGGCUGAGAGCACUGACAGGCAGGGAACCUAGGGGACUACACGGGACUCAUGCUGACAUUUUCCUGGGAAGGGAGGCUCAGGGUGCUUUCCAUUUUAGAGCACUGGCUUAGGGCCCAGAGGCCUAGGUUUGCAUCCUCUCCUGUUACCAGACUUUCCCGGAGCCGGGGUUCCUAGGAGGGAUCCACAGCCAUACUGAGUCUCGAUAUCCCCAUCUAGAACAUAGCAGCAAGGUUUCCAUGGAACAGAAACUUUAAAAAGUGCGGAGAAAGACGUCUGUGUGCACCGAGAGAUCCCCUAAUUUUAGCUGGGAGAAACCAAACCAAGCCUGCCUUUCCCCUGAGAGAAUGGGACCCAGGGGUCCCAUGGAGGCAAGGACAAGGGAAAGGGGACCCUGUAGGCCAGUGAAAAGCUUUCUUGUCGAUGAUCAUGGACGUCUUUGCAACACCAUGGCAGGGACAGUUGCUGCUUUCUGUGAAGAGGACAUCCUUCCCCUGUGCUCAAAUGUCACGUGUCUCCUCCAGAUACCUUUAUCCCAAACCACUGAGAAGCACUGUCAAGAUGGUCAAGGCCUUGAAUUUUCCUGUUGCAAAGCGGAAUUCCAUUUUGCGGCCUGGAACUGCCAGGGUGGAGAUAGUUAACUGGUAUGCCCCAGUCAGUGGGGCCACCUCGCUCCCCUCCACUCUCCUUCUGAGCUGUUUAGCAGGCUGUUGUAUGCCAGGUCAAUCAAAGAACAAACAGCUCCCCGCUGGCAACCAAAAGGUAGAGCCCCAAGCAGAACUCAGUGCAGCCUCAGCGUCAAGAUGUAGAUCUCCGGAGUGGCACCCGUGACAGCUGUGAAGUCACUCCAGGCUUUCAGCCCAGUGUUUGACAGUCUGCUGUGAAGAUGGCAGCCAGGGUGAUUUGGGGUAGCCUCAGCCUGCUUCGAGUCUUGUGGUGUCUCCUCCCCCAAACUGGCUACAUACACCCAGAUGAGUUCUUCCAGUCACCUGAGGUCAUGGCAGAGGACAUCCUGGGUGUGCAGGCUUCACGGCCCUGGGAAUUUUACCCCAGCAGCUCCUGUCGCACUGUGGUCUUCCCAUUGCUGACCUCUGGCUCUACCUUCUGGUUGCUCAGGCUCUGGGAAGAGCUAGGGCCCUGGCCUGGUCUGGUGAGUGGCUACAUGCUGCUGGUGGGGCCCCGACUCCUCCUCACUACCCUCUCCUUUGCCCUGGACUGGGCCAUGUACUAUCUGGCCCCGCUGUGGGGGGCAGAUCGCUGGAAUGCCAUGUGCCUGCUGUCUGGGUCCUAUGUCACCCUGGUUUUCUACACAAGGACUUUCUCCAACACCAUCGAGGGACUGCUCUUCACCUGGCUGCUGGUGCUGGUGUCCCCUUAUGUGGCAUGGAGUCCCACAUCCAAGAAGCCUACCCCGGGUCCAUGGUGGCACAGCUGCCUUCUUGGUGCUAUCGUGGCUGCUGGCUUCUUCAAUCGGCCAACCUUUUUAGCCUUUGCUCUGGCCCCCCUCUCUCUCUGGGGCAUCCACAGAGCCUUAAAGCCUGGCAUCAAGGCCUUGAUCCAGGAGGUCCUGGUGCUGUUGCCAGGGGCUGUUCUUGCUGCAGUGUUGUUUAUAACCAUGGACAGUUGGUAUUUCUCCAGCCUCUCCAGAUCCAGUGGCCUUGUUCUUACACCUGUCAACUUCUUGUACUACAACCUGGAUCCCCAAAACCUUGCAAGGCAUGGCACACAUGCACGGCUCACCCACCUGGCAGUCAAUGGCUUCCUGCUCUUUGGGGUAUUGCAUGCUCAAGCCCUGCAGGCUGCAUGGCAACAACUCCACAGCUGCCUCCGUUCACUUGUACAAACCAGCCUGUUGAGGGCGCGGGGUCCCCAGGACCCACUGUCUAGUUCUAAGUCUUACCUCCUUCUCCUUUACUUCACACCCCUGGUCCUGCUAUCUGCCUUUAGCCACCAAGAGGCUAGAUUCCUGAUUCCCCUCCUAGUCCCUCUAAUCCUGCUUUGCAGUCCACAAACGCAACCUAUACCCUGGAGGGGCACCUUGGUCUUCUUCAAUGCCCUAGGUGCGCUCAUCUUUGGCUGCCUGCAUCAGGGAGGUUUGGUACCGGGCCUGAAGCACCUGGAGCACGUAGUCCAUGAACCUGUUCUCCCAGGCAGGGCCACCCACUACACGCUUCUCUUCACUCAUACCUAUAUGCCUCCUCAGCACCUCCUACACCUUUCAGGCCUGGGACCCCCUGUGGAGGUGGUAGACAUGGCUGGGGCUGAGGACUGGGUCCUGUGCCAAGCCCUGAACAACUUCAGCAGACAACCAGCCUGCCAACGGGCUGGUGGGCCACAGCUAUGCCGACUCUUUGUAGUAACUCCUGGGACCAACAGGCAUGCUCUGGAGAAGUGCAGUUUCCUUCUCAAGAAUGAGACUCUCUUGUUUCCCCACUUGACCCUGGAGGACCCUCCUGCCCUGUCCUCCCUGCUCAGCGGGGCUUGGAGGACCCACCUUAGUCUUCACAUCAUAGAGCUGGAGAAGAAGCCUGUAGUGACAAAGCAGUCGCGGCCCAAGAGUCAGCCAUAGAAGGUGCCACUCCACACAGGGUGCUGGGCUGGGACAACGGAACAGGACUCCCAUUGCUGUCUGCUCUGGGGACAGCCACAGGCUGUUCCUCUAGGUGAGCCCACAUUCCUAUCCCUUAGACACCAAAGAUCAGACCAGUCAUGGUCCCAAUGUCAAGGUUCCCAAAGAAACCAACCAUACCCACCGGCACAUGUCUGUUUCUAUGCCGUUACUUCCAAUUGCUGUGUAAUGUCUAAAAUAUACAGUAGCGCCUGGUUAUCAAAGACAA